AUGAUGAUUUCGACAAGGACACUGGCUUUUCGCGCUGCUUCCAAGCGCUCGCUCCCUCGCGCCGCUGUGAGGCUCAACUCCUACAAAGUCCCUGCAGGCAGGAAUGAACCCAAUCUUCACUAUGCCCCCGGUUCUCCAGAGCGCACUGCCUUGAAAGAUGCGCUUGAUUCCCUCAAAAAGAGCUUGCCAUUGUCCGUUUCCGCGCACAUCGCAGGAUCAAAGGCGACAAGCUCCAAAUUGGAGGACCAGAUUAUACCAUCCGACCAUGCAACCGUCCUGUCGCGAGUGCCGCAGUCGACUCCGGAGCAGGUCUCUUCCGCAAUUGAGGCCGCGCUGGCGGCAAAGCCGGCCUGGGAAUCAAAACCGUUUGCCGAUCGUGCAGCUAUAUUCCUCAGAGCGGCGGAGCUCGUCGCUGGGAAGUACCGCAACCAGCUGAUUGCAGCUACAAUGCUUGGGCAGGGAAAGAACGCUUGGCAGGGCGAGAUUGAUGCUGCCGCUGAGCUUGCCGAUUUUUACCGGUUCAACGCUGGAAAUGCGCAGGAGUUGCUAGAGCGUCAACCCACGCUCAACGCGCCUGGAAUUUGGAGUCGCACUGAGUACCGACCGCUCGAGGGCUUUGUGUACGCGGUUUCGCCUUUCAACUUCACUGCCAUUGGAGGAAACCUGGUGUCAGCACCGGCGCUCCUCGGAAACGUCGUAGUGUGGAAACCCUCGCCAUCGUCGGCGUACGCAAGCUACCUUGUGUACCAAAUCCUCCUGGAAGCCGGUCUUCCACCAAACGUCAUCCAAUUCGUCACUGGCGACGCAGCCGAAAUAACCAAGACGGUGCUUGCGCACAAGCAGUUUGCUGGCCUGCACUUCACCGGCUCGUCAGACGUGUUUAGAACCUUGUAUGGAGAAAUCUCCAAGGGCGUGGUCGACAAGAAGUAUGUCAGCUACCCGCGUCUAGUCGCCGAGACCAGUGGCAAGAAUUUCCAUCUCCUGCACCCGUCGGCGGAUGUCAAGAGCGCAGUCAACCACACCAUCAGAGCGGCAUUCGAGUAUCAAGGUCAAAAGUGCUCGGCAUGCUCUCGAGCGUACAUUCCAAAGAGCCUCGCGAAGCCCUUCAUCGAGCGGUUGAAGACAGAGACGGAAGCUCUUCAGAUUGGCGAUCCAGCCGAAUUCGAAAACUUCCUGGGUCCUGUAAUCCACCGGGGUGCGUUCGAAAAGAUAAAGCGAACCAUCGAUAGCAGCAACAACGACAAGACGCUCCAGCGCAUCACUGGAGGCACUUACGACGACUCCAAGGGCUUUUACAUCAAGCCAACUGUGUACCUGACCGAGGACGCUGACCACGCCCUCUUCGACAGCGAAAUCUUCGGGCCAGUCCUCGUGCUGCACGUCUACCCGGACGAGGACUGGAAGGGCAUCAUGAAGAGCAUCGACGAGCGGGGUGGCGGAUUCGCUCUGACAGGAGCCGUGUUUGCGGCGGAUAGGGACGCAAUCCGCGAAGCCGAAGAGACGCUCAAGUACUCGGCGGGCAACUUCUACAUCAACUGCAAGACGACGGGAGCGGUCAUCGGGCAGCAGUCGUUUGGUGGAGGGCGUGCGAGCGGGACGAAUGACAAGGCUGGCAGCGCUAACUUGUUGCUGCGGUUUACGAGCCCGAGAACUAUCAAGGAGGAGUUUAUGCCGCUAGACCGGGUGGCGUAUCCCAGCAACGAGAAGCAGGGCUAA